AUGAGUUCAGUAGCUUUUUCAGGCCAUGUGGUUUCCGGAGAAGGCAUUAGGGUGGAGUUUCAGAAGAUAGAAGUUGUGAAGAAUUGGCCCCGACCUACCACUCCUACUGAGAAAACGGCUAGGUUCCAAUGGUCAGACAUUUGUGAAAGAAACUUUCAGGAGUUAAAAGAUAGAUUGACGACAUCGCCAGUACUAGCACUACCAGAAGGCACAGAAGGAUAUGUGGUGUAUUGUGAUGCUUCAGGUAAAGGUAACAUUGUAGCAGAUGCUCUCAGGCGAUUAUCUAUGGAUAGCUUGGCAUAUUUGUCAGCUACUCAGCGUGAAGUGGCCAGAGAUGUCCAUAAAUUAGCCAACCUAGGUGUUCGACUUAUGGAUUCUGAGGAUGGGAGCAUUGUGGUAUUGAAUACGGUUGAGUCUUCAUUGGUGGCAUUGGUAAAAGAGAGGCAAUAUUCUGAUCCCAUAUUGCUUAAGUAUAAAGAGGGAAUUUGGAAGCAUCCGGUUACACCAUUUGAGCUAGCUGGUGAUGGCACCUUGCGAUGCAGAGGUAGAUUAUGUGUUCCUGAUGUUGAUGGGCUGAGACAAAAAAUUAUGGAUGAGGCACAUUGCUCCUGUUAUUCAGUUCAUCCUGGUUCUACGAAGAUGUAUCAUGACCUGAAAGAGGUAUACUGGUGGAAUGAUAUGAAGAAAGAUAUUGUGGAGUAUGUAGCAAAAUGGUCCAACUGCCAGCAAGUAAAAGCAGAGCACCAAAGACCCGGAGGCCUAGCUCAGACCAUAAGUAUUUCGGUAUGGAAAUGGGAAGCCAUUUAUAUGGACUUCGUCACAAGUUUGCCUUCCUCUUUUCAUAAACAUGUCUCUAUAUGGGUAAUAAUUGAUUGA